UCAUCUCGAUUCUCUGUGUCAAGGCAUUAUAUGCGCAUUCAUUCUUGUCUCACUCUGUAAAAUUAUUAACGGCUGUGUGUGUUCUGCUACUAGUGCGGCUGAAACCAGAAGAUAUGGCUACAGAAGCGGUGAUGGUGGCUGCUGUUCCCGAGGCAGAUAAGGUUCCGACCGGCGUUAUGCUUUUCAAUCGCUGGUCCUAUGAUGAAGUGCAGAUAAGCGAUAUCUCAGUGGAAGAUUAUAUCACUGCUACAGCAGCCAAGCAUCCGCAAUAUAUGCCCCACACUGCUGGAAGGUACCAGGCCAAGCGUUUCAGGAAGGCACAGUGCCCAAUUAUUGAGCGGUUGACCAACUCUCUUAUGAUGCAUGGCCGAAACAAUGGAAAGAAGCUCUUGGCAGCUCGCAUUGUUAAGCAUGCCAUGGAGAUCAUCCAUUUGUUGACUGAUCAAAACCCCAUUCAAGUCGUUGUUGAUGCUGUUAUCAACAGUGGGCCAAGGGAGGAUGCCACCCGAAUUGGGUCAGCCGGAGUAGUAAGGAGACAGGCGGUUGAUAUAUCUCCUCUGCGCCGAGUAAAUCAGGCUAUAUAUCUGCUAACAACUGGAGCACGUGAAAGUUCUUUCAGGAAUGUCAAGACCAUUGCUGAGUGCCUUGCUGAUGAGCUUAUUAAUGCCGCCAAGGGCUCUUCGAACAGUUUUGCCAUCAAGAAAAAAGAUGAGGUUGAGAGAGUUGCCAAGGCUAACCGUUGAGGUGUGUUCCUUGCUUGGCAUUUGUUUUUGGGAGUUGCUACAUAAUAUGAUUAAUAUCAUCUUCUAUGGAUGCUGAGAAUUUUUUUAUUUAUUUUUUCUUAUAUUGGGCCUACUAGAAUACAUGCAGAACCUGGAUCUUUAUUUAUCUAUUUUUCUCCAUUUUUUCUUAGAAAUUAAAACUUGGUCUUUACUUCAUUAUUUGAUAACGACUUCUUUUGUUUA